AUGGACAAGUUGUUGAUGCGAGAGGGAGCGGUGUUUCUCCGAUGCUACGAGCAGCCGUGUGUCGCCGUUCGGGAAGGUUUCGAGGCGAUUUCUAGCGUUUUUUUCGUCGCGCACGACGUCUACCUAGGACCGGGAACUGAUCCGGCGGGCGUCUUCGACGCCCGCGAGCCUGACAAGUUUGCAAUGGCUUCGUCGGAUGAGCCUUUAUACCUGACAGUGGGGACAGAUGUGAGCGCGAAGUACCGCGGUGCCUUUUGCGAGGCGAAGAUCAAGAAGGUCAACCGCAUGGUUAAAUGCCGGGUUACUUUCAAGAACAGCCUUGGUACUCACGUCAUCCCCGAUGAGCACAUCAAGGGAAACACAUUACGGGUCGGUGCCCAUGUGGAGGCCAAGCACCCGGAUAGGAACCAGUACUUUGAGGCUGUUAUCGGAAAACUGCUCGACUACAGUCAGUACACUGUCGUGUUCGACGAUGGAGACGAGACAACGCUGCGACGAACGUCACUGUGCCUCAAGAGCGGGCGACACUUUGCAGAAAGCGAGACUUUGGAUCAACUGCCCCUCACCAAUCCCGAGCACUUCGGCACACCGGUCAUGGGCUCGAAGCUCAAGCGCAAGCGUCGAUCCAUGCUGUCCAUCGCUACGAUGGAAGAGGACAGCAGUGACGAAGAGUCGGCCCCGACUCCGGCUCCGACGCCUCCACGCCGGGCCACGCCCACGUCGGGAUCGAGGGGAAACUCCGCGGGAGGGGGUUCUAGAGCCACGACGCCAUCGUCCUCGGAGUGGCGCAUCGGCCGGGUGGCCAUCUUGGACACUGGCGACAAGCGCAAGCGCGACUCGUGGGCACCCGUGCUCGUAGUGAACCCGACAGGUGCGACUGGUCCGGGCAUCAGCAACCCCGUGCCUCGGGACGAGGUGGUCGUCCGGUCGUUCAGAGACGCCAAGUUUUCGCAGGUAAACAGGCGAGAGCUGCGCGAGUUCUCGCGAGAGGACGCCACUGCGCGGGCCGAAACCAACCCUCUGCGCCUCGCCGUCGAGCGGGCGCUCACGUUUCUCGACCGAGGCGAGCUCCCCACUGGUUGGCAGGGGAGCGCCCUGCUCCUUUCCAGCGGGCCUGCCAUCCCGGCGAGACCGCCUACUCCCUUGCGGCCCACUGCAGCGUCUGCGGCCCCUGCUUCUUCCGCCAACGACGCUGGCAGCGAGGGUGGCAGCUCGGCCACGGCGGCCGAGGACGACGGCCACGACUCGCAGUCGGACGUGUCGGACGAUGAGCCUAGUGAGGAGAAAGACCGGUUUGUGGCACAGCUGUACAAGUUCAUGGACGAACGUGGGACGCCCAUCAACAAGGGCCCCUCCAUGGCUGGCCGCGACCUGAACCUGUACCGGCUGUUCCGGGUGGUAAGCAAGCUGGGCGGAUGCAACCGCGUCACCAACCACAACCAGUGGAAGACCGUGUACGCCCGGCUUGGGCUGCCAUCGCCCGCCAACCAGACCAACGCCCACCUCCUUCGAACGGCCUACAAGAAGUAUCUGCAAAGCUUUGAAGACUUUUACCGCAAGCUGGGUUGCACGAUGGUGUCGAACCCUCGAUCAGGGAGGGUGCGGCACCGGUCGGACCGCAUCAUGACCCGCAACCAGGACCGGGGACUGGCCCUGUUUGCACGCAAGGACAAAGAACAGAAGAAAAAGGAAGAGAAAGCCAAAGAGGAAGACAAGGACGACGACAAGAAGGCCAAAGAGAAGUCAGCGACAGCGGCCACAACUCCCCCUGUUGUGGUCAAAGAGGAGCCGCCUCCGGAGAAGCCGAGACCAUCACGCACGUCCCGGGUCAAGCAGGAAGAAGAGAAUGGCGGCGGCGCUGGUGGCGGUGGCGCGGCUUCAGCCCCAUCUCCAGCUGCCAAACCGACCGCCGCUGUGGUUGCGGCAGCAGCAACAGUUGCUGCGAGCCAAGACGACACCAAGGUCCGAACAAGGGAAGAUGCCCGCCGCGAGAAGCACGACAGUCCUGAGAAGCGAGAGGCCAAGUCGUCGUCGUCGUCAGUGCCGCCUCCAUCGCUGCCGUCGCUGCGCAAGAGCGAGAACGUUGACAGCGCAGAUGCGGACUCUGCGAAGGAGCCGCCGGCAGCGGCCCCGGCUACCCCGUCAACACCGGUACCGGCGGAAAAGUCGCGGACCUCGAAGUCGAAGGACGCUGAGACGACCCCAACAACCACGCCGAAGCGACAGCCAAAAAAGAACAAGACGGAAGAACCACCCGAGAAGGAAAAGGCUGACGAGAAAGCCAGCACUUCGGCAGCCGCCGCUGAGCCGGAAACCAAGCCGGAGUCUCUUCCCCGGCCGGAGAGUGGGGAGCCGACGCGCCGGUGCUCCCUGGACAUGAGCAUUGACGUGGGCGACCGGGUCAAGGUCAAGUACGGGCGUGGCCGGCAGCUCAAGAUCUACGAGGCUAAGGUGCUACGCAUCGAGGAGGAGUGCAGCGAGAAGAAGUUUUAUGUCCACUACACGGGCUGGAACAUGCGGUAUGACGAGUGGGUCAGGAAGAACCGCAUUGUAGAGAAUGUCACAGACAAGACAUCGAGAAGGAAACGCCUCCAGAAGGUGAGCUUGGAAAAGCAGCAAGCAGAUGCAUCGCCUCACCAAAAGGGGCAGUCCGGACCAAACGGCAACCAGCAGUCUUCCACUCCAAGCAACACACCCAGCUCAUCCGAGUCCCCGAAUUCCAGCAAGAAAGGAGUGCGUAGGGGUCGUCCACCCAGCGUUUCGUCUAAUCGCAGCAGGGCCCUGUCCGUGACUCCACCCCCUGGCAAGCCCUCGCCAAACUCCAUGUCCACGCGUGCCUCGCGGUCAGAGCAGGCCCUGGCCUCCGACCAGCUGUCCGGCAGCGGCUCAGAACCGCGACGCCGUAGCCGGCGGAAGUCGGGAACGCACUCGCCGCCUUGUCCGGAUGACGACGAGGAAGGCUCGGGUGACGAGGAUGACGACAUCUCUCUCAAGAGCCACGUCUCGAUCAAAAUUGAGCCCUGUGAUCCUUCGGAGGACUUGGAAAAGACUACGUCAGCCAUAACGACUGACUCCAGUGAAGAUGCUCCAAUGCCGUCGAGUCCUGAGCCAAAGUCGGAUGCCUUGGAUAAUGAGCCCCUGGUGAAAGAGGAGCCAGAGGAAGUGGAGGAGAAGAUGGAGUGCGACGAUGAGGACACCGACAUCGAUGAAAGUUCGACCACGAGUCUGGCCGCCUUCGUCGCAGCUGCACGAGCUCAGAACAAGGAGGAAGCAUUGCAAGAGAAUGUCGCUGAAGAAGGAGGCGACGAAGAGGAGGAGAGUGAGGCCGACACCACAUUGCACAUAGAGGAAGAAACUGCGAAGGUCACGGAGGUGGAGGAAGUCCUCAACACUACCAUCGCCGAAGAUGAGGACAGCUUGCUGGAAGAAGGCAGCCUAGUCAUUUUUGAGGACGAGAAACUGGAGGAUGCUGCGGAGGAUGAAGAACAACCUCUGCCUACCGAGCCCGAAGUAGCCGCGGCUGCCGCCGUUUCGUUGAAACCAGAGGAUGACGGCAUCGUUGCUGAAGAAACAAAAGAGGUUGCUGUGGAAGAGCCAAAGGAAGUUGAACAGCCUGAGGUCGUUCCCGCUGUCGAGAUAAGCAAGCCUCCUACCAUCGCUGGCACACGUGUGAUCACCAUCUUCCCACCAGUGCCUGAGCCAGAGGUGCUAAAGCACAUUGAUUGGCUGAAACAUGAUGAAGUGCCGAACAAGCCAGACAGCCAUGAGGAGAAAGAAGACGAAGUACCAGAGGAGGCAGAAGUUGAACCGGAGGCCGAAAUUCCGUCUUCCCCGACGCCCAUUGAGAAUGAAGACAACCUCGAGGAGGAGGAAGAGCUCGCGGCAGAAAGCAUCAGUGACGUGCUUCUUCUACCCCCUUCGCUAGUCGCCAAGGAGGGUCCAGAGAGGGACGCCUUGCUCGCGGCCGAGCACUCGCUCCCUGCCUCAGAGUUUGAUGUCUGCAAGGAUGCGGAGGAGGAAGAUGAGGAAGAGCUCCCCAAGGAGGAAGAAGAUGAGGAUGAUGACAACGCCGAGCCAAGCAGCCCCGUAGGGAUUGCGGAAAGGGAUCCGCUGGCGAGUUCUAUGGAGCGCAUUGAAUUUGUCAAAGAGGAGUCAGAAUCUGCGUCCACGCAGGACUUCUACAAAGUGGCUCUCGCUCUCAGCGAUGACGGCAGCAACUCCAACAUGCUCCGCAUCGAAGAAGAAGGUGCAAAGAACAUAGACGAACCCGUGGAGUUUCCGCCUGUCUGCGGAGAGACGGUCGUAUCAGCUGCGGAAGUCGAGGUAGGCCCUACUGACAACGCCGAGCACUCCACGAAGCGGACGAUCAAGCGCAAGAAGUUCAAAGGCACCAAGACCAAGUUCGGAGCAGAGGCUAAGCUGAAGGGUCGCAAAAAGAUGAAAGGUCAGUUGUUGCCGGAUGGCACGCCUGCCAAGGCACCGCGCUUAAAGAAGUGCCGGAAGGUUGGGGAUGGAGAGCAGAGAGUGGUCAAGAAGCGGAAGAAAUUGAAGAACAUUGACGGCAGUGAUGACCUGACGGACCCUAGCGUGAAGAAGGCAAAGCGUAAGAUGCGCAAGGCCAACAAAGAUCAUCCGGAAGCCGGCAAGAAGGGCAAGCGGAAGAAACUGACGAGUUGUGCAUCAUACGAAGACUCGGAUGAGGUGGGCGACGUCGAGCGGACAUUUGCUGGCAAGAUAAAACGUGAGAAACGCAAGGCUGCCCCCACGCGCCCUUCUCCUCCGUUCCAUCACGACUAUCUCUCGACCCUGGCAGAGGUGUGUGGCCAGGAAGUAGAGAUGAAGGCGACGGCAGCAUCUGCGACCGAGUCGCAGGCCGAGUCGGCCGACUCUCUCUUCUUGCUCUGCGAAGAGAAGGUUCCAGCGAGUCCCACGCGGGAGGGCGACGACGUGGUGUUGCAAGCCCAGCAUCACCACGCUCAGAGUCAACACCAUCAUCAUCACCACCACCAUCACCACGUGCAUCACCAGCACAUGCACCAUUCGCAUCCCUCGCAUCACCAACCUCAGCUGCAGCAGGCGCAGCAACCACCGCAUUUGCAACAGCAGCAGCCGCCACAGCAGGGCCCUUCUAAAAUGGACAUCUUCACUUCGGUCGCCGAAGCGGCGCUGGCCGGGCCGUCCGGGGCAGAUCCGUCGGCGGCCGUUCUGGACAACACGCCCCCGACGACUCCGGAGGACAGCGGCGGCGCCGAGAACGACUCCCCCUCUUCGUCGCUCGCGGGCUCGCCGCGGCGGGAAGGGGAUAACUUCCACGGCAUCGACGGAGAGAGCACCAUGUCGGCAGACUCUGAGAACAGCCGGGGUUCUGCGGACGGAGCAGAGGGCUUCAAGGCAGGCGGCGAAGAUGACUCGUCCUCGUCGAGAACAACGGACAGCGCUUUUUCGGCGGAGCGGCACAAAGGUCUGGCGGGUACAAAGCGGCCGGCUUCGCGGGACGAAGAGAACCUCCUCAGGCAUGGGAAAAGGGCAAGAAAAGCGGCACACAAGGCACUUCUCUCGGCUGUGCGUGGGGACUCCAAAGGGAAAACGCAUCGUGCUUCACGGAAUUCACGAGACUCCUCAUUGCCAAUGUCGUCCACGUGUGACAGCGGCUCGUGUACACCAACGUCUGUGGCUACCACUUGCACAGCGACCACUCCCGGCAGUACCAACAUGGGCAGUCUCCACCGGCCGUCCAAGUUCAACUUUGACCUGCCUCUGGAUGACAACAUGGACGCCGAAAAGCGGAUAACAGUCCUUCAGGACCGGAUGACCGAGCUCCGCAAGGUCUACUUGCAGCUGAAAGCAGAAGUAGCCGUCAUAGACCGGCGGCGCAAGCGUGCCAAGAAAAAGGAAUCAUGUGCGCCUGUGCUGUCGAGUAUCGCCAUGGUCACCGUCGCUCAACCGGCCUGCUCAUCGUCACCACCCAGCUCACCGCGGCCCAUUGAGUUGCCGUGCUCAUCAUAACACCACGCCUCGACAACUGUCGUCUCUCCCGUUGCUAUUGCGCAUUGUCCUUCGCAUUCGUCACGAGCGACUUUCACCCAGUGAAGAGAGACAAGACCCGGCAGGGCUCGUACCUAAAUUCGUUGUCAGCCACAUUGUGGCGAGGGACGACUGACCACGCACCUGCUUUAAAUGGUCAUCAGUCAUCGUCAAGAAAACCCUCUCCCCACUCAGUCGACUUGCUCAUGCGUCUCAUGACAGCCGUUGCAUAUCUCACCGCAUUAGCAAGCUGUUUCGAGUUGUCCCAAUCUUUUUUGUUUUUUCUUCAAGUGCUCCUGCGGAUGGGUUGUGAAUUCUGGUAUCUACAUUGCCUGGUAGUCGCAACGUCCGAUGUGCCCCGCCUGCGCCCGUAUCAGCUGCAGAGUUGGAAACUUAUAGGAGUAAUAAGGAUCCGAAAUUUUUAGUCGUCUAGUUUUUCAGAUAAGGGUCACCAGCAGUUGAAAGGGAGCCGCAUUUUCUUGCUUGUAAAAUGUGCUCUUCGUGUUUCAAGACAAUGUACGGAUAAUAUUAUCUCACCUGGAGAGUCUAAUGUAGAGGCUCCUUCUUAUCUGCCAUAAUGAGAACGCUGUCGUAUCUCAACCACAGCACUGAUGUUACGAAUUAUUCCACAUAAUCUUGUCGCCAAUGUUAGUGCUUCGCAAACAUGCUCAAGAUGCUCGUGUAAGCGGAUUUAGGGAGACAUUUUUUUUUUCCCACUUGAAAUCUUGUUAUGAGAUUUGACUGGCUAAUUGAUGCUACGAUGGUCCCAUUCAUAUUCUAUGAGAAUCAAGGGCUCCAUUUCAGCUAUUUGCAUGCAUUAAGUGUGAAUUGCACUUUGUUGGUUUGUGCUUCUGCACGCAUGGUUGUAAGCAUACCAUGCAAAAUAGUGCCACGUUUCUGUAUGAGCCUCGAUACAAGUGAAGCAAGAGCUACUCUGUAAAGGCUGCCAAGGAAUGUGUUAGUUGGGAGUCGUUCGGGACCAAGAAUGAUUGGCAACGUCUGCAUGUCAGGUAGCCUUUUGCACAAACAUGUUUGCAAGCUUGCGAAACAUUCUCGAGCUGCGUGUCGGCUUGUUUCGGCUCGGUGGUCUUGCCGAGUUGCACCUCCUCACAUGGUACGUAAGAGCAGAAAAUAAUGCUGCAAUACGGACAUGUACGUGCAGGUCACGACCGGUUCAUUCGUGGAGACGGUCACUAACGUCGGAUUUUGUCAAAACACCGCCAUGCCUGCUGACGGCACGAUUGAAAAGAUUUGCAAGUUUCUACAAUGACCACAAUUCGCACUCACUCAUCGCGUUGUUGAGUUUUCGAGUUCCAGAGAACUGCCGCGGCAAUGUCGCACGCGUAGCGUGGUGUUGGAAUUGCGUCACAUAGUACUCCGCUCAUGCCACAACCGUUUUCGUUUCUUUUUGUGAAAGUGUGGGCUCCAUGAAGUGCCUGGUGUCGUGUUGAAAAUGACGCUCCAGACGUAACUUUUUUUAUUUAUUUAUUUCCUGAAAGAAGCUCCAUGGCGCAGUGCCAUCACAGGAUGGCAGAGCUUGGCGAAGUGUCAAUAGCAUGCCCAGUGCUCGCAUUCAUACUUAUCAAUAUCUGAGUACAUUUGUAAUCAGAUGCAACUUGAUAAGGAAGGGGUGACCCAGCUUUAGUGCAACUACAGAUUUUUUUAGUGCAACUACAGUGCAACUACAACGUGCGUAACUGUAAGGUCACCAGGUGGCCAGCUCAUUUCAUUCACUUUCGCAGAAUGACCGGCACUGCCUUUGAAUGUUGUAUCUGACUAUGAAGCUGUACAAAUAGAGAAUUCUUAUAAGCUGUCACAUGGGAAUUGAAUAUUGUCAGAAGCCAAUAGAAUCAACUAUGGGUCCUUAUUUAUGUUUACUGAUAGAGACUGUGAUUUAGAGCCAAUCAAAUUGGUUAGUAUCUUAUUCAUUUUUAGAGUAUUCUGAAUACUUGCGUGCUUCUAAUCUGCAAUAUUUCUGUUUUUUGUGUGAUUUAUAUUCUGGUAUCUAGACCGAGAAAAUGCUUUUCCUAAAAUUAUGCUUAAAUUGUGGUCACUAUGUUUUCAUGCAUCAAAAGACAUGCUUGGAAAUCACAGUGUUAAACAUGCUUGGAAAUCAGUGUUCAUAAUCUCGGGAGUCACUUUUUUUUUUUUCAGUUCCGUCAAUGCGGCUUUCGCGAUGCAUAUCAAUCUUGUGUUCAUGCGCUUAUUCCCGCACUCGCGCGAACUUGGUUUGUGACCACGUUCAGCCAUUAUUGAUCGAUAUGCUUAUCUGUUCUGUCUGUACCGUGCGGGUGUCAGAACUUCUCAAGACUAGCCAAAUCGUGACCUCCAUUUCUGCAGACUCGCGUGAAUCUUUGGAUUUGAUGUUGUACUGUGUUACAGGUAUUUCUUCAUUUAAGAGGGCAUCUUACUAUAUCAUUGUCUGUAAUUGAGAUAAGUUAUCGCAAUGGUCCAGAGAUAAUGCACCGACGUAUGCACAGUUCACACUUCAAGUGUCUGUCGAUGCAAUGUCCUCAGCUUUUGUGACCACUUCGAUGUGCUCCGUAAGUGGACUGUAAUGUAUGUUCAUGUUUUCAACAGCUGAAGCCGGGCAGAGCUCCAGUGCAUUCUUACUCAAACUUGAUUUGACAUGCUAUUUCUGAAGAAAGGAAGCAUUUUACUGCCAUACACUAAACUUCUCAAGCUAACUAUGUCAUGGAAAAUGUUUGUCUCCAGGUGGCAUGAAGUAUUUAUUCAUCUUCCAGUUGAUUGCCAUGCAAUCAUUCUUUUGCAGCACUGAUGGCAUUUAUAUGAUGCAGGUUAUUAUGUAAUUUGCCGACACAUCCAGUUGUUGCUCUGUUCUUGAAUUUUCAGUGUUUACAGAGGCUCAUUGCAAUCCAAACAGAGGAAUUGUCAUUUCUUGUGAAAUCCAAAUGGGAUGUUUACACGAUCAGUAUCAAGAGGCUCGUUGCGUCUUCGCUAUUGUGAAGUUAGGCUCCCCGCUUGUCUGUCAGCACAGACGGACUACUUUCAGGGAUCAGCAUGGUGCAGUGGAUUGUCGUUGGUGAUCUUAAGUGGUUAAGCAGUGCCCAGUUGCACAGUGGGUUUCUCAUUUAAAUUAUUUGUGCAUUUCUGUGCCACAUUUAUCGUGCUGCGUUGUAUUUAGCUCGCGUUUCAGGGGGUUAAGCGGCCCGUCAUCUGUUACGUAGUUUGUGCCCAUCGAGUACUUUUGGUCCGAUGUUCUCAGGACAAAACCAUGCAACUUUGAUUCAUCACCUGUCGGGGCAUAUCAGUCAAACGUGUGUUACAAUUUCAGCAAGAAUUUUUCGUCUACGAACUUCGUUUGAACCUUUUAGCAUUUUUGCGUUUCAGUCAAGUUCGUUUCAUUGCACCAAUAGACCAGCUGCGGAGAAAGUCACAAGACGUUAUGCUGUGCCAAUGAUCAACUCGUGACUCUCUAGCCUGCUGUACUCUGAAGUAACCAACUUGGUAUCCCCCAAAGGCUUCUUUUCUUAUUUCAUCUGUGCCCUUUUGCAUCGAGCCAUUCAUGAGAGGUCGGUGGUCCUACAGACAGCAAUGUCACAUACAUGUUCCCAAGGCUCCGACUAGCCUAAGCAGUGUUCCUUUCACUCCACUGCAUGAAUAACAUUACUAUGCCAUCACUCGCCCCCCAAAUCCUGCGGUAGCGGGACCAAGUGAAUCAGGCCUUUACUGGUGUCUUCGUUAUAGGAUCAAGUCGUGGUGAGCCACAAGUGCUCAUAGCAUAAAAAAAAGGCAAUAAUUGCAUGGCGUUUGAGAUGAUCUAACAUAGCUGAUAAAGGGCUAUAAGUUUUUAGCGGAGCUUUUUUUUAUAAAUUUUUUACGCCUUUAACACCAUCUCACCCUAUAGUGACUUCUCUCUCUACUGUACAUUUAUUCUUGGUCAUCGUUGUGUGGACCGUCAUCAGGUUCCCCCUUUUUUGCUUUUAUUGUUUGUUUAGAAACUGUAACUUCAAUUGUUAUGCAAGAUGCUUGCGUAUGUCUUAGCUGUGACAAUUUUGUUUUGUCCAGUUUGUUACACGGAUGACAUUGUGUUAAAUUAUUUCUUCACGUGAAAUUCUUUGAUGAAGCGUUCAAGCUACUCUGUUCGUCGGCACCAGCGUGAGCAGGUCCACUUCGGUGAAGCUUAUCAAUGACGAGAGUCUUGAAGCUUGUCAAGCUCUCUGGUGUCUUUACAGUUUGCUAAGCAUAAAGUGCAUUCAAACAUCUUAAGGGGUCAAGAGGUCAAGCUUUUGUCAGUGUGUGUGCGUCUGCUUGCUCACGUAGCUAGGAGUGUCAGCUCUCCCGAAUAUUGUCUCGUGGCCAUUGGAGAAGCGGGUGACUUGGGGCAAAUAUCAAGUGUCUGACACUGUGUUUCUUGUGCUGGGAUCAGCAAACACCCAAUUUGUUGCCGGAUCCAAUAAUUCUCGGUGACUGCGCCAGAUCGCUCAGAAAUGUUUGGGCGGGGGGAGGACAGAGACACAUAUUUAUAGCUAUAUUUCUCGUCUCGUUUGUUGAUUUCAUUUCUUUGUUGCUGGUUUUUUUUAUUCCUGUACAUAAUGUUGAUGUAAAAAGACUGCUGGUGCAAUGACAUUUAUAAUUUGAUGAAGGACAAAGGUGGUUAUGUCUAACGUGGUGUUCGUGCAAGAGGGACGCCAUUGCAUCAAGUUGGACGCUGCUUGCAUAGCGCGAACGUCGUGUUGGACGCGAAAAAGACGCUACGCUACACAUGUGACAGCCAUGUUGUCCUUUUUUCACUGUAGAAAACUGUAUCGAUACUACCAUCACAUUGGUACGGGCAACAUUGCCGUUUUUUUUAUUUAUAUUUGUGUGCAUUGUGGCAAGAUAGACCACACCUGUACAGUUCUCCAUACAUAUGUUGGCACUUUUGCAUAAGUUUUAGGUGUAAUUAUUAGUAUAGCCAUGUCCUGUGUGUUUACUCAUAAAUGAACUAUAUGUGUCUGCAUAACCAGUAAAAUAAAUGUUUAUCUUACUCGUA